AUUACGUAGCGAUGGGAGUCACAUGAUUUACAUAUUUAGAGUCAACGGGCAGUCUCGUCUUAGCUAAAUAUUUCUUGUUUUCUACUAAAUCGUCUAAUUUAGAAAUAAUGAGAUUACAUAACCAAGAAAGAUGACAAGUAAAAAGAAGAAGGGUUUCCAUGUCGACGAGUCAGAACUCCUAUGCAAGAAUGGGUGCGGUUACUAUGGAAACCCAGGAUGGCAAGGAUUUUGUUCCAAAUGUUAUAGAGAAGUCUACCAGAAAGCCAAAGAUGCUCAACUCGAAAGUGAUUCUCUGAGAAAACAGAGACUUGCAGCACUGCAAGGACCAGCAGUCACUGCCAAUGGGGAAACUACUUUGAAGUUCAACAAAUUUGAGGAGAAAAGGAAGCAACACCAAGCUCCAAAAGCUAAAACGGUCAAGACUUUAUUUAAGAAAGGAUCCGCAAGUCCUAAUAAAGAAGUUCCUCAUCCAUGGACCGGAAAGCGUCAACCAAGUAUUGAAAGUGAAAAAGCUGCCAGUGAUUUCAUUGAAUUUUUAAAUACUUUACGAAAACCAGCCGCUCAGGACAUUACAAAGCAAUGUAAAGCACUUAUUGAUAGACUGCAGGAUCAGUAUGAACUCUCGGUAGAGGAACAAUCUGAUAUUGUUCAAGAUUUCUAUCAAAAUAUGGGAGAGAGAUUACAAACACACUCAGCAUUCAAAGGUGCUUCUGCUGAACAGUAUGAGACUAUGAUGGAACACAUGGAAAAGUACAUGAUAACUAGACUUUACAAAAUUUUGUUCUGUCCACCCACCUGUGACGAUGAACAAAAAGAUUUAGCGAUUCAGAACAGAAUACGAAGACUACACUGGAUCAGUGCUGAAAUGCUGGAUGCCGAUAUCGACAGUACAAAACCUAGCGUGAUAGAUUACAUUGAAAAAGCCCAGACAGAUAUUAUAGAGAUGAAUUCUGGACGUUCACCUAUAGACAAACUACUGUGUAUAGUCAGAUGUUCUAAGAAUAUUUUUCAAGUAUUGAACAUAUCACGAGGGCAGCCAGCAAGUGCUGAUGAUUUUUUACCUGUAUUGAUCUACAUAGUACUCAAAGCCAAUCCACCCCAGUUGCAUUCUAACAUACAAUAUAUCACACGGUUUGCUAAUCCAAAUAAACUUAAUCAAGGCGAAGUGGGAUACUACUUCACCAAUCUGUGCUGUGCUGUGACAUUCAUUGAAAACCUAGAUGCCCAAUCAUUGUCGAUGUCGCAGGAGGAAUAUGAUAGUUACAUGUCUGGUGAGGUCAUACCCGCCGGUACCAAAUUUGGAGAACCAAUAUGCGAAGGUUUAAGACUUAUGUAUGCUAAUUUAGCCACGUUGGAUGAGCUAAGAAUACGCCAAGAUCGACUACGCGAAAAUGCAUUGAGUUUGCAACAAGAAAUCAAAGAUUUUCGAGACAGCGUUGUGAAGACAGUGCAAGACGUGCUAACGACAAAACCUUUUAUCAUACAGCAACCCAGAAUGCCGGCUAACUUAGAUGAAGAGAAUGCGGCUGAGUCCAGUCUGCUUCCUCCUCCUCUCAAACCUGAAGUGGUGGCAAAAUAAUGAGAAGCGCAUGAUAAUGCCACUGUAAUGACUACCGGUAUACUGAUAUGUAAGGAUGGCACGUGGCAUUUCUACCAUGUUAGGCUUAUUUUGCCCAUUUUGGGCGUGUUAAGUUAACAUAGAUAGUAAAUAAAUUUUCCUCCUCCUUCUUCCUUACCAUUUCACAGAUGUUUUAUUUUUCUAGAUUGGUCUGUCCCAUGGUUAUUUCCUGUCUUGACAAAGGUGCAUUGUUUUUUUGAUUUAUUGAAAAUUAAUCCAUGUAUUAACAUUGUAUGGUGACGGACACUGCCACAUUUUAUGUGUGGCUGUUAGAUUUCAUACUUAUGCAAGAAUUCUCUAUUCAAUUUGAGGUAACAUGAAGCUACUUACUUAUUUAAAUGUAUGGAUAGACACCCUGUGGAUUUAAACAACCACUAUAAUUGUAUACCGCCCUCACAUGAUGUCUAUGCCAGGCAACCUCUGUUCAUAAUGGACUUUACCAUUGUUGUGUUAAGGGGUGGGUAGCAUUGCAUUUGUGGGACUUUGUAUUAUUUAUAUUAACUUAUUGCAUGUUUCUACCUUAGUACUGUAUUAUAGAACUUUACUUCACACACUAUGCUGACUGUAAUAGUUAAAUAGAUUUCAAAAAAUAUAAAUUCUGCUAAAAUUACUGGUACUUAAUAUUUUUCCUGGAUGUAUUGGUAGUAUGGUACUACAAUAGUUCAUAUACAUGUUAAUGACUUUUUAGUAAAUGUCAAAAUGUAGUUGGGGUUAAAGGCUAAAGGUCAAAUGUAAGAGGUCAGUCCAUGUUAAGGAAUUAUGAUCCCCUAAAAUAACAAAAUUAUAUGAGAAAUUGUUUGGACAUUAACAAUGAUAACAAUAACAAAAAUGGAUUGCACUACGGUAGUUUCUAGUUUUUUAUAUCUCCAUAUCCUUAAAGGGCGACAGUCGUCGUGUCACGUCCUGUUUGAUAUGGGACUUGUAGCGAUGUAUACAACGCAUGUAAAUUACAUUGUUUAUUUACAUGAAAUUUGAACACGUGCUGUGCAACGACCACCGCCGCGAUUUAACGUAAAGCGAGUUGCCAUUUUAAAACAUGCACGACCCCUGAAGGUCACAUAUCCUGGUACUUUCCUGGGGUGAUAAAGUCACUAUAAAAAAAAAUUUCCCAAUUAUUUAAAAAAAAACACACAUUCACAUUGAAGUUCAAAAACAUUUUAACAUGGUAAAAUUAAAGUGUAUAUGGGGAAAUUAUUGCUGUCAUAGCCAGGAUGUGUAUGGACUUCUGGGAUCAUGAAUAAGUGGGAGAGAUCACCAAUUUUUGUUGCUUAAUCAUAGAUAUAUUGCUGUGUAGUCUAUAUAUGUGGCAAAUAGAAUGCCAAUCCAGUAACGGUGCAAAACGGAGGAUCGUUUAUCCUUAACAUGUUCUGGUGAGAAACCAAACAAUCCAUCCAGUAAGGAAUAUUUUAAAAGUGGAACGUUGGGUAUUGGCUGUUUUGCAAAAAUUUCUCGAUUGCCACACCGACCAUGAAAACAGAUCUCUCUUUACUGUCAGAAAGACUGACUAUUUUAGAUAGUUGAUUUUAUGAUGAGAACAGUUUAAAUUUUUAAUACUUGCUCAAUCUAUUUCACAUUUACAUUCUUGGGUCAUUUCAUUUUGUAAUAGAUGAAUGUAUAGGGAUGGUGGGAGUACUAUUAAUGUAUAAUGAUUACAACAACUAAUGUAAUAUACUUGUACCCUUUCACCAGAUAAGAUUGUAAUAUUGAUGCCAAUUUUCCCUAAAAUAAAUUAUUUUUGUCAAGUCAA